GGGUGCAAAAAGAGGAGGCACGAAAGCGUGAGGUACGCAGAUUUUGUUCUUAUAGGCCCAAAAACGAGUAGGGUUUUAGAGAGAUAUGGGAGGUAAAGGCAUUAGGCGGAGAGCCAAGAACUACAAAGAAGCUCACGGCGGUUACAGGAGGCUGCCGCCGCCGCCUGAUCGUUCUCAACCUGACGCUUUGCCCUCUAAACUUCGCAAAAUCCUCUCCUACACCACUCCCCAAGGCUCUUUGAAGGUUGCCAAAGAUGCUGAGCAGAACAACAAGAAGAGAGAUGGAGCUGGUGCUGCUCCACCAAAGAAGGAUAAGGAGGAAGUGGAGGUAGAAGAUACUAGUAUGGAAAAUGGGGACUAUGAUGAGAAUAUGAAUGUUGCACCUCCACAUUCGGAGGAGAAGAAAAAGAAGAAAAGGAAGCGAAAGCAAGUGGUUGACCUUCGGUUUGAAGCGGAAGCGCUGGAGCAAUCGGGAGGCCGUCUGAAAAGAAAGGAGCGCAAGAAAAAGUACUUGGAAGCAAAGAAAAACAAGAGCAAAAAAGGCAAGAAAGAAGAUAAUGUAGACGACUUUCCUGGACGUGAGAAAAUCAGAUUUGGAGAGGUGGUUCAAGCUCCUCCAAAGUUGGUUGCUCCCAAGGCAUUUAAGAAUGUACAAGAUGCUUCGAAGGAGCGGGUUCGGGUCAAUGCUAUUGAGGCAUAUAGGCAACGCAAAAAAUGGAACUCAAGACCAGGGAUUCAGCUCCCUAAUCCUGUGACUGCAUCCUUGUAAAUGGUACGAGUAUGAUGCAUUGGGAAAACCUAGCAUUUGUUGUCCAUUCCUGCGGAGAGAAACUUGUCUGUUCUCACAUGACUUGCAGUGAGAGUCUGCUUAGGCCCACCAAGGUUGUGUCGCUCUCAUCUCGGCAAGGGGACUGCAGAUGAUUGCAUAACUGGUUGUAAGCUCACACCCUCAACUAAUGCUAGAUUUUCUCAAUGUGCAUUUAUCAUGUUGCCUCUUAAUCUUCUUGUAUUCUAUACGAAGUCCUUCUAUGCUGCUUCAAUUUUGUGAUGUAAUCCAUUUGAGGAAUGUGCAAAACCAUUCAAGCAAUCUCAUAUUGCUAUCUAGAUUUGUACGAGGAAAAGAGUGAUUCUUUUUUGUUUUCUUUACCUCUUUGUUGAGAACCACAGUAGAUCCAUGUUCAUGUGUCCAUUUGUGGUGGAACUUCUACACCCAAAUGUUCACAGUGUCUGAUUAUGUACAUCAACUAGUAUUUGACUUUGGCGACUUCAUCUGUUUACAGAUUGGUUGCUUAGUUAUGAAUUCAUUGUUAUUUGUGAGUGC